UCACAUAUAUUCAUAUAGCAAAAGCUUGGGAUUUGUAAUCGUAACGUCAAAAAUUUAAGUCAAGUAAGUACUAAUUUUUUUCUUUUACGCAUUCGGUCACACCGUCAAUUUGACAUGAAUUUCUUGUUAUCGAUUUGUUAUUUCGAUAAAUAACAAUUAUUUGUUUACCAGCCGACUGGUGCGGCAAUAAAUUGAAAGCGCUUGAGGCAAUUGACUACCUGCGCUGAGAACCCUUGAGUCCCGCGAAUCCAUCUACCCAAAAGAGGCAGAGCGCGGGCAGGUCAGCGAUCAGCGAAGGGCAUCGCAUUUUCCACAUACAUAUCUGUAAUGCUUGACGAUAUCUCGGCAUUGCAUAUAAGUACAGCAGGCAUAGCGCACGCCAUGGACUCAACAUCGGAUGCGGAUGCGUGCUCACUGUCCUCGCUAGACAGCGAAAGUGAUUUGUCGCUGGCCUUCGAGCGUGAUCUGGACGAACCGGCUGACUGUGAUGAGCUGCCCGCUUUCGAAAUACGCGCCUACUCGCCACAUGGCCGCACACCAUCACCCAUUGAUGACUUGAAUGUGUCGGAUAUUGAAACGCCAAAGCAGCAACAGGCGGCACAACAGCAGCGCAGUCCUGAACGCCAAAACAAUCCGGAGUUUGUGGCCUUGCACGAGAUCAAUGCACAAAUCAGUGCACCCAGCGAGAAUGGAAACGAUUCAACAACUGGUGUCAUCAGUCACGACAACAGCUUGGAAACCAUAUUUGAGGGUGUCUUUCUGCAUACACCGCCGCGUGAGAAGCUCAACAAGAGCGCGGGAUGCUCAAACUCGAAUUCGGCCACGCGUUAUACACCAAAGCGUAGUCGGGUUAAUCUAAUGGAACUGGUUGCCAUGAAUCGCCUGAACAUUGACGGCAAGGAAAAUCAAUCGCCUUGCAACCAGCUACAAGAUGAGCAUACCUAGCAUUUAUAUAUUUUCUAAUGGAUAACCUAGACCCGAACCAAAGUCAUAUAUGGGACACGUUCGUUUCGACUGCCACUGAAUUUCUAGACUUAAGUUUUCGAUAUGUGUUGUUAACAAGCACUCUUUGUACACUUUGUGUAUCUGAAAGGAUGAAAAGAAUAAUGUUUAUAUAAUUUUAUGUUUCAAAUUUUGAGUUUAUGUAGUAAAAACAUAUGUCUUUCCAUGUUUCAAACAUUAAA